AUGGACUUGACUCGGAUUUCGAUCAGCCAUGACGAUAUCCAGCAUCUCAGGCUCAUCAACGUCAACAAAAACAAGAAAAGCAACUCGCCCAGCGAUACCGAUAGACACCAACGUCUGGAGAAGCUGAAAACAGCGCCUCUGUUCUUAGCUCAUGCUUGUAUGGCGAUAGAGAACCAUGGAUCCAGUACGAGCUGCACAUUCCCUCAGUAUGGAUUGCCGGGGCUGCAGGUUCACGAAGACCCCCACACCGUCGACCAUCGUAAACUGAUGUACGCCAAUGUCUCCAUGCCUUGGUCGGCGUUCAUCUGUGAAAGCCAGGGCAGCGGCAAGAGCCACACGCUGUCCUGUCUGUUGGAGAACGCGCUCAUCGCGUCCUCUCCUGCAGGAAAUGUGUCCUCGCCUCUGGCCGGCAUGGUCGUCCACCACGACAAAUUCACGUCCUUUUCGGGCAUGCUGUGUGAAGCGGCCUAUCUCUGCUCAUCCAACAUCCCCGUUCGUGUCUUGGUCUCACCGACGAACUACGCUGCAAUGAAGGAAGCGUACGAGAAUCUCCCGUGA